AUGUUACAAGAGGGGCACGACAGCAAGAUUGGAGGACACUCCGUCUAUCGGAAAACUUACAAACGCAUCUCCGAAAAUGUCUAUUGGGAAGGGAUGAUAGCUGAUAUUCAACGUUAUGUUUGGGAAGACAUAGUCAUGGAUUUCAUCGAAGGGCUUCCGAAAUUGGGCAACAUGGACACAAUCUUGGUAGUAGUGGACAGAUUAAGCAAAUAUGGGCAUUUCAUAGGGCUUAAACACCCUUUUAAGGCGGCAAGUGUGGCUGGAAUUUUUAUUAAAGAGGUGGUGCGUCUACAUGGAGUACCCCGCUCUAUAGUGUCGGAUAGAGACAAGAUUUUUGUUUUAUAUGGGCGCGAACCUCCUGCUCUGCUAAGGUUUGAAAAAGGAUCCACCCUAGUUUCAGUAAUAGAACAACAACUCCUUGAAAGGGAUCGGGUUCUAGAGGAAUUGAAAGUGCAGUUACUACAAGCCCAGACGAAGAUGAAGAGCAUAGCUGACCGCAAGAGAAGGAAUGUUCACUUUAAUGUUGGAGAUCAUAGGAUUGGCAAGGUUGCUUAUAAGCUAAUUCUUCCUCCAACAUGUAACAUUCAUCCCGUAUUUCAUGUAUCCAAGCUACGCAAGGCAGAAGGAGCAGUGCAUGCUGUGAAAGAAGUACCCAGCCAAUUAAGUGAGGAGUUGGAGAUGUUGGCUGAACCAGAGACAUUACUUGGUAUGCGACCUGGCUUAGGUAGCAAUAUUCGAGGCUUGGAUGUUUUAAUACAAUGGAAGGGGCUACCCCCACUUGAAGCUACUUGGGAGUCUUACGACAUGAUUAAGCAACAGUUUCUUUCCUUUCACCUUGAGGACAAGGUGAAACUUAUGGGAGGAGGUAAUGAUAGACCCUCAAUCCACACAACAUACCAAAGGCACAAGCAAGGAUCAAGGGGAAUUGACACAAUUGCAGGAACAAUUACAUAA